AUGAGCCUCCCUAACGAAAUAAAUAAUAAAAGUAAAAAAACAAAAUUUUUUCCUCAUCAAUCAAAAUCAAACCACUAUAAUAAUAAUAAUAAUAACAACCAAAAUUAUAAUAAUAUCGUAGUUAAAAAAACAUCAAUAACAAACGCAGCACAUAUACCUGCGACAAAUUCAUUCUCUUCAAUAUUUAGAUAUUUUAAAAGGAAAAAGUCAUCUGGUUCAUUAAAUUCUAGUUUUGAUAAUAAUAAUAAUAGUUUUGCGUCAACAUCAACAGAGGCAGAAAAUAUAACGACAACAACACAAGACAAUAAAACUAAUAACAAUAACAAUAAUACUGAUAGUAGUAGCAAUAGCAGUAGUAGUAGUGAUAAUAGUAACAUAGAAGAUAGUAAUAGCUCGGUUUCUACUAUUUCGACAACACCAACAACUUCAAUACCAAAUACAGCAAUAAUAAACAAACUAAAUCAAUCAAAAGAAGGAGUAAGAGCACAUACUCCUCAAGAUUUAAAAAUAGACGAUUAUUUUAAUUUAACAACCACCCAAAUUCCAAAUUCUAAUUUGCUUCAUAGAUUAGAUAGUAGAAUGGUUGGAAUAUUGGGUGAAGCAGAUAUUAAUAAAUGUAAAGAGGUUAUACCUGAUGAUCAACAUUUUAUAAUUGGAUAUUCAUUAGUAUUAGUAACAUUUAAUACUAUAUUACAACCAAAAAUGAUUAAAACCUUUACAUCUAGUCCAGUUGCAUUAUUGGUAUCUGAUAAAUCAGCAUUCAUUGUAUUAUUUGACACUAGAUCACAAACUAUUCAACAAGUUGAAUCAUGUGAUCUUACAGAAAUUAAAGAUAUACAUUCAGGUUAUAUGUCAAAUAGUAUAACUAAUAGUAAUCAAUUACAAUUUGAAAUAAAUAAUAAUAACAAUAAUAAUAAUAAUAAUAAUAACAACAACAACAAUAAUAAUAAUAAUAAUAAUAAUAAUAACAAUAAUAAUAAUUCAAAUAAUGGAAAUAAUGGAAAUAAUGGAAAUAUAACAAAUUUAAUGGAAGAAGGAGUUUCAAUAUCACCAAGAAAUAGUAAAAAAAAUUUAGGAUCAUUUGUAUUACGUAUUGUAAAGAUUAAAGGAUCCUGGGUAUUAAUGGGAUAUUCACCAUCAGAUUCACCAGAAGUACAAAGAGAAAAGAUUAAAACCAUUGAAGCAACAAUUAAAUCGAUAACAGAUAAAGCAAAAAUGCAACAUAAAAUUGAGACUAGAUUAGAAAACUCUGAAAGAACUCAUAUACCUACGGCUUAUUAUCAACCAACUCCCGAUACUAUAUUUGAAGGUGAAAUCUAUUUUAACCUAAAGAAAUUUUCAUUCAUUCAAAUUGCAAAUCAAAAUCAAAAUAGUGACAAUUGUAAAAAUGAUUCUCAUCCAUGUACAAAUAAUACCAAACAGGAUGACCUAAGUUUCUCUAUUGAUUUAAUUUCAAUAUUUGAAUGUAGAUAUACAGCAUCGACUUUAAUUGAGAACUUUUGGGAAUUAAAAUUAGCUUCUCAAGGUGAAAAAUCAAAUAAUCAAUAUUCUUUAUAUUUACCAAAAUCAGAUAUUGAAGGUAUUACAAAAAAUAUAGCAAGAAUGAUUACAGAAAGUCAAGAUAUUGCUUUAUUAGGUUAUGAUGAUCCUUCAAUUGAUGUUAUUGAUGAAAUUAAUUCAACACUUUCUUCAAUUGAUUUAAAUCAACAACAACAACAACAACAACAAAAUAAUUUUAAUAAUUUUAGUAAUAAUAAUAAUAAUAAUAAUAAUAAUCAAAAUAAUAAUAAUAAUCAAAAUAAUAAUAAUAAUCAAAAUAAAUCACAAUUAUUACAACAACCACAACUUCAAUUACAAAAUAGAAAAGUAACAAAUUUAUUAUUAAAUAAUUCAAUUGAUAAGAAUUUACUUAGUGAUAAUACUGUAUAUAGAAAUUUAAAAAAGAUUCAACAAACACAUGAAACUAUUGAUUUAAGUACAAAUAAUAAAGACUUGAAUGAAAAUAAUUUUUAUUUUAUUGAUGAUGAUGAUGAAGAAGAAAAUUUAACAACAACAACAACAACAACAGCAGCAACAACAACUAAUCAACAUGGUGGUGGUCAUAAUAGUGCAUUUACAACAUCAUUAGAUAAUUAUAAAACGACAAAUACACCAACAUCGAUUCAUUUUCAAGGUAAAUCAGAUUUAUUAAAAGUUGAUGAUAUGUUAUGGUUACAAAGUUUUUUACCAGCUCGUUUAGUUGAUGAACCAUUUGAAUUGGUUUAUAGUACUUUGAAGCAUGGUAUUAGUAUUAGAACGUUUUUCUCAAAAGUUCAACAAAGAUCACCUUGUAUUUUAGUUAUAAAAGAUGAUUGUAAAACCAUAUUUGGUGCCUACACAUCGGAUCCAUGGCAACAAGAUCAAAAAGUUCAUUAUGGAAGUGGUGAAACAUUUUUAUUUAAAUUUUGUACUGGUAAUAAUAAUGGACAACAAACCACCAUAGAGAGAAAGAAAUUCUCUUGGACAAGAAAGAAUGAUAAUUUCAUGUUUUCAAAUGGUUGUAUCUCGUUGGGUACUGGUGAUUCAUCGGCUGCUUUUGGGUUAUGGAUUGAUGAAGAUCUUUAUUAUGGUAGUUCAGUUAAAUGCAAUACCUUUGAUAAUGAUGUUUUAGCUCAUAGUCAAGAAUUUAAAGUUUUGGAAAUUGAAGUUUGGUCAUCCGUUUCCAGUAAAGUCGUUGGAAAUGAUAAAAAAACUUUAAAUGCUAGAGAUUUCUUUAAUCCUCAUUAUCUUAAAACACCUUCUUUUAAAUAUUAA